AAAAAACGUUGACAUUGAAAUAUUCAAAAGUAUUAUGUCCAUUUAAAUAUUAUGGACAAUAAUGAUCCAUGUUGUUUACCCGAUGAUUUUGUGGGCCGUUCAAAACCAUCAAAAGUAAUUGAGAGAUUAUAUGAGAAAAGAAAGAAUGCCGAAAUAGAAUGUAUAGAAACGCUAAGCAAAACCAAAAAGGAAAUAAUAGAAAAAUAUGUCAGCAUUGCGAAUUCAAAAGUAGAACAACUUAAAAAGUCCACUGGAGAGACAAGAGAGUGUAUUAAACAUGAAAUUUUUGAAGCUAAACUGAGAGCGAACAAUGAUAAUGCACAUAAUAUGCAAAAAGAAUCAUUUGAUGAUAUAUACAGUAGAAUCGAAUACUAUACCCAGAAGAAACAUGAUCUUAUUGAAGCAUUUUUCAAAGAUUUGAACGAGCUUGAAUUAGAAAAAUCUCAAGAGUUCAAAGGAAUACUAAAAGGAACGUAUGAGAAGCUAAAAUCAAUUUCUUACAAGUCGCAUCAUGAAUAUGAUGAAUUUAUUGAAUUUGAGAUUGAGAAAGUCAACCAGGAAAUUCUAUGCAAUCACAGAACUUAUAUAGACAUAAAAACUCAAUUAGAGUUAGAAACUGAAAACGAUCUGAAAUAUUUUAUUGACGAACUGAAACUCAUUAAAGCAUGCUGGACUAGCUUUAUAAAAAAUCAAACUGAGGAAGCUGUUAGUAAAUUGAAGCAUCAAACUUUAAAAGAUAUUUUGUCUUCGAGUCGAAAUAAUCUAGAUGAUCAGGAAAGUAUCGUGGGAGAAGCUGAAAAAAUUAGAAGCUCUUUUAACCUCGAUUUAAUCACAAAAGAAGAGACAUUAGAAGAAUGGUUAAAAAAAUUACGUCUCAAUUUAGCCGUAAUAGAUCAGAAAGCUCAAAACGUUAUAACCAAUUUUAAGAAAGCCACCAUCAUUUUCUUCAACCGAUUUUUCGAAGAAUUAAAAACUGUAGAAGAAGCUUUGGGCGAUAUUAUAGACAGGGAAGAGAUAACUAGUAUACAGUGUGAAGUCUACACGCCGUCUUUAGAAGAAAUAAAGGAAAAAUAUGAAAUCGAUAUAAAAAUACUUCAAAAAACUUGGAAUGAUCUUGUAGCCGAAAUGACGAAAUCUAUAGAUGAGACUUAUAAAUUGCUUUUACUAGCAGCAACAUUGUUUUCCAAACAUUUUAGCAGACUUAAAGCGCUUCAGUUAAUGAUUUACAAAGAUGUGAAUAAUACAAUUUUGUCUAAUAACACCAACAUGCAGGCCUGCAAUGCAAAACUGAACGUCCUGAUUGACACCUUGAGACAAGAAUCUACAAAAGAGAAGCUGAACAAAACUUUCGGAGAGCUUAACAAGUACUUGGGCUCAAUAGAAGACUUAAUUAGAGCUCAAUACCAAUCAGAAUUAACGACUACAAAAAAAUAUAAAAUUCAUCUAGAUCUAGCACUGGACGUCCUUCUUGCUGAGAUGAAUAGAUUUUUAGUAGUCUGUCCUCCCGAUUUAGAAAAAGAUCCUAAAAUCCAAAGAAAAAGAGCCAGCCAAACAAGCGAAAUAGCCAAUCAUGAUGAGGAUCUGAUACCAAAUCAAAUUUGGUACUGUAAAUUUCAAGUCGACGCAGUUACUAAUUGGGGUUUCGGAUUAUGGGAAACAAUUAAAAAUUAUGCUCCUUUGGCAAAAGAAGACUUGCAACAAGGCGAUAGAUGGGUUAACAGUCAAAUUGAUAGAUUGAAUACCAGACUAGAAAUAAGGCUAAAUGUGGUGAAAAUGCGAUUUAUGAAAAGCAAAUAUUACGUUUACGAUGAACGCCUGGAUGAACUAAAUUUACAUAAAUUUAGAUUUGAAGAACACAGACAAGCAAUUGAAAGACAAAUUUUUCAUUUAAAAGAAUCGAAUUCCGAAUACGAAGAACAAUGUAACGAAAUAUUCCAAACCUACAAUCAAGAAAUACAGAAGUUGGAAAGCAGAUGUCUCAAAGUUCAGAGUUCUUCAAUGAUAAAUGCUUAUUUUAGAGUUCUAAAAUCCAAAGAAGAGGAAUGUUCAAAGGAUAUAGAAGAAACAUUUUCAAAAUAUAUAACAGCAUGUACAGAUUUUCUCGAAAAAGUUAAAGCAAGCAAUAUACUCUUCAUUAAUAGCAUGAAAUUAUUUUCUGAAGACGGAAAUUAUUCCGUACAAGAAGUCAAAGAUUAUAUAAAACAUUUGAGCAAGCUAGAGGGUCAAGUUGAAAAGGCAGUAACAUCAGCUGAAAAAGAUACUGAAGUGCAGAAAUUAAAAAUAGUGGACAGUGUCAAAGUCAGACACGAUGAAGUAUCACACACCCUCAAAAUAGUCAAAGAGGAGUACAUUCACAAGGAGUAUGUUGAGAAGAAAAUAAGAGAUCUAGAACGUGACGUUUUCAGCAAAGUUAUAUCUUGUCAAAACGAUAUUAAAGUAGUCCAAACGUCCUUUAAAGAACUGGACUCGACUGCAAAGAAUUUUUGUGGAGAAUACGAAUAUUAUAAUGAUUAUUGCGAAGUUUAUGACGGAAUUUUAGCAAAAGUGGAAACUUUAGGGAAAUAUUUUAUCCAUCCUACUCCCAUAAUUUUAUAUUCAGACAAAACUUCGGCUGAUCAUUCAGAUUCAAAAUUCAAUAGCCUUUCAAACGAUGGUAAAGUAUCGGCGUACACUGAAAAACUGUUCAAUUUUCCCGCAGAUUCUCAAGAUUCAAAUUAUAUAUCUGAUUUAAAUCAGUUGCUGGAGGUUUAUUGGAAAAAUAUUACUGACUACUCAAAGAAAUUCUUUAGUGAGCACACACACUUUUUCAUCGAGCAUCCCGAAAUAAACCAAACGUUCGAUUCCUUCCUCGAAAAACUCUACAAAAAAUGCCUUCUUUACCAGAAUCAAUUCGAAACCAGAUGGAUCAAAGACGCGACAGACUUUGACGAAUUCCUAGAACAAGUUAUAUCGUUCUACGAGAACUACAACAUAAUUUACCUCAUAGAAUAUCAAACGAAGUCUUUAAAGGAACUGGAUAAUUGGUACAUGGAGAACGUGAAGAAGAGCUUAAAAGACAAAAAAGAAGAAGUGGAGAACCUUUAUGCGAAUCUGCACAACAAACUGAUGCCGUUGCAUGGACAUCCGAACAAUAAAAAACUAAUGGACAAACUAAAUGAAGAAGCGGAACUUGUCCAUCAGAAAUCUUUGGAAAUUAUAAAGGAUUCCAAGACGCCUUAUUUGGAAGCCAUCGACGAGUUUUUCAAUAAAAAAAUUAUCCAGUUUCAACUGUUGAAGAACUCCAUAAAUGAAAACGGUGAUCGAAUUUCGACUGUAAAAGAGAUCAAAAUCGACUUGCGUUUGUCUAUUCCGAAUAAAUUAGAUCUGCUAAGAAGUUUCGUCAGUUUCUUGGAGAUGAACAAUGAAAAGGAUGAAGGAUUGUUGCCCCAAUGUCAAUCAUUUCUCAACCUCUUCGAUAACGAUAUAUCUAAAAGGGAUUCACGCGAAAAAAUUCAAUUUGCCGAAAUGAAGUCCCUAUCCGCAGACACCUAUGAUUAUGACGAAUAUAUACUAUUAAACUGUGCAAACACAUACGACUUUGUUUGGGAAGUGAGCACGCUUUUGAACAAGAGACUUCAAGAAGUUGAAAAGCAAGACAAUGAUGCACUUAUAAGUACCUUCGAGGACGAAUGGAAGUGUGCUGUCGACAAAGUGCUUAGUUUAUAUCAAGUCAGAUAUGAUAAACGAAAAUAAAUUAUGUAAUAUC